AUGGCUCAGCGAGCACUUCGUCCAAACUUGCCGUUCCACGCACCCCUGCAGACGCGCGCGCGCAAGAAUCUCUUCGUUACAACUUGCCCAUUCGACAGCAACCCCGGCAUGCGUGUGGCUACCAACACCGACACGGACGCCAAGGUGGUGGCCCUGGGUGUAUGGGUAUGGGUUGAUGAGAAGUUGAAAGUGAAAUACAUAGACCUCGCUAGGCUCAUCGCGCUCUCCACCAUCUUUCACUCCACCAAGCAGUAA